AUGGUUAAACGUGUUCCAGACGAUAACCUCGCGAUGACCUUCCACGUGCUGUACGCGAAACGUUGCACUCAGGCCGGUCUGAGGAUUGAUCAUCUCCAAAUCGUACCUCUCGCGACGCUCGUAUUCUCAUCUCGACGUUCGCUUCUGUAUUUAUGCCCGCGUCUCGACUACGCGUCGCCGGGUGAGUGCAAGCUGAACGGAAUAAUCUACGGUCGACCAGCUCCAUACUUAUGCCUUCACGCACCAAUGGCUCGUGUGCUUUAA